GACGCCGUUCCCCUCCCGCCCCCGUCUACGCUGAGCACCCUCCGAGAGCGAGAGGCGUACCCGCUAUUCGCACCUGGGAUUUCUUCGCUGAAAUCUGCGCGGGCCCUCCUCCUUCCCGCAAAAUUUCAUGGUCGGCAGGUUUUCCCGAGGCAACAAGCAGGCCGCCCAGUCGUCAGAUCACGUCGCUGCCGGCGCCCCGCCCUCCUACAACGACAGCGCCCAGUCCGCCGUCCUCGUCGCCUCGGAGACGACGACGACGGUGGUUACCACGACGCAGACGACCACGCAUUUCUUCUCCCUCCCGCUCUGGACGAGGAAGCGCACGACUUCCGGGGCCCCGCCCGCACGGCAUUCGACGUUUGGUGGAGGCGGGGCGCCGGCGCCGGCGACCGAGGAUGGCAUGAUCAGGCCACAUACGAUGUUCCUGCAUGACAAGGACCUCCCGCCGACGCCACCAAGGGAGUACACGCAGACGGAGAGCGUCGCGUCGGGGCACGAGCAGCCGUUCGCGGCCAACGCCGCCUCUACCACCCUCCCUCCCGCGCCUGGCUCCGCGACCCCCAGCGAUUGCUCUGCUACCGCAUCCUCCUCGACCGCCGCACUCGCACAGGCCGCGCUUGGGCUUGGCCUCCCGCACGUAAUGCCCCAGGCAUCCCCUUCGCGACCGUCGACCGAGAUCAACAGCGUCGCGUUCAAUACCCCUCCCCCGCCCAUACCCGAAUCCCCCGUCCAGAAUGUCGUUCGGCGCGUCAAGAGCUCGGGAAAAAUGCGAGCUGUGUCAACCACCGAGAGCGAUCUGAACCGGCGGCGGUCGCGCGGACUUUCGCUCAACCUAUUCGGCAAUAGCGAUCCCUCGCCAUCCGGGAAGGGUAAGGAAAAGGAGCAUGCGCCAGACUCGCCAAGGCCACUAAGUCGGCGGGCGUCGUUUUGGAAUCGCAAGAAGUCGAUCACGCCGGCAGAUGAGCCUAUACCUCCCGUCCCCGUCCCCUCGCCAAGCAAGGACUCAUCCCUCAGCCCUCAAAUUCCCUCCCUUCGCCCUUUCUCGCCCUUUGGGAUUGGUACUUCUCCGCCUCGGCAGGGUAUGCUAUCACAUUCCUCGUCGUCACUUAGCGUGGGAUCGCACCAUCGCGGUCUUUCGAGAAGUCACUCUGAGCGCGUACCAUUACGACCAGCGACCUCUGCGGGAACGCCUACAGGUGCCUCUGCUAGCUCAUCCAGCCCUCGUCUGCUCUCGCCACCGAAGCGACGGCAACAGAAGCGGCCCAUGACGGCGGACAGCGAUGCAAGGUAUAAAGCAACCUCAGCCUUCCUCGACUCUCCAAGCCCGAUGUCCGCGUCUCCACCUACCUCUCCUGUGUUGCCUUCCACUGCUCCGCAAAGCCGCCUAACGCCCUCUGCACCGGCAUCCGAAGAGGGUGUCGCAGUAGCGCGACCGCGCUCGCAAACGAACCCUCCCAUCCUCCAUCGCCUGUCUAUGUCACUCUUCCCCUCAUCCGUUCCCUCGUUUCCCAACAACAUUGGCUCUGCUUCUGGUCAUGGACAUAGUCCCGCGAACUCCCCUCGCCCAUCCCUCACCCGCCCCCACCGCAAACCAUCCAUCGAGAUUCCGAAGCCCCGAACGAACGAGGAGAGCCCGGAGGUAUACCUGCACCGGUUAUCCGAGGUGGUCAGCAAGGCGGAAAUUGCGACCGUCCUUGCUUCCAGCGCGAGUUCAUUUCACGUUCAGGCCUUGCGCGCGUACAUCAGCCAGUUUGACUUUUCGGAUGACCCCCUCGAUGUUGCGCUUCGAAAGCUGCUUAUGGACGUCGGUCUCCCACGCGAAACUCAGCAAAUAGACAGGGUCAUAGAAGCCUUUGCUCAGCGCUACGUCGUGUGUAACCCUUCCCUAUUCACCUCCAACGACCAUCCUUACAUCCUAGCCUUUAGUCUCAUCAUGCUGCAUACCGACGCGUUCAACAAAUCCAACAAGCGGAAGAUGACGAAGCCCGAUUACAUCAGGAACACUCGUUUGCCUGGCGUCGCGCCGGAGGUCCUCGAUUGUUUCUACGACAACAUCGUCUUUGCGCCCUUCAUUUUCAUCGAGGACCCAGUCGAUGUCAAUGGGCAGAGGAGCGUCAUCCCUGAAGUCCCCUCCUCCCGCACGCUGUCCUCGUUAGCGAACAGUGCGGGUGCUGCCACCGCGAACAAUGGGUCCGGCUCGAUGUUCUCGGGCAAGGCAAGCAGGGUUGACCCUUACUACCUAAUCACAAGGAACCAGCUCGGCCACCUGCGCAUCGAUAUUGGCAGCAUCAUACCCAACCGGAGUCCCUUCCUGUACCAAGGCACUGCAGGCCCAUGGGAUGCGGACGAGCUGCAUCGCGUGUUCGCGCAGGCGGGGAUGAUAGAAGUGGGCGCGGUCGACCCGACGGCGCUGCAGCGGGUGAACCCGUUCUUCACCAUGGCUGCCACCGCACAGCCGACGCCCAUGAUCGCCAGCCCGCUCGGCGAAAUAUCCAGGUCGCCGCCGCAGGAGAGGGUGUACACGCUCAAGCUCACGAAGGUCGACCUUUUGAACCGCAAGGAGGAUCUUUUGGAGGGCGGGCGAAAGUCGACGAAUCGGAAGUGGCGAUCGUGGAGCGUGAUGCUAACGGGGAGCCAAUUGUUCUUCUUCCGGGACGCGUCGUGGGCGGAGACGCUGAAGGACUAUGCUGAGUUGGGGAGCAACAGUCAGAUGCUGCCGCCGCCGGGCGUCAACCAGCCGGAUGAGUGGGUGUCGGUCAAGGAUGCGGUGGCUGUCUAUGAUCGGUCGUACACGAAGCAUGAGAACACCUUCCGCUUCGUUCUCCCAGACGGCCGUCACUACCUCCUCCAGACCGAGACCGAGCGCGAGCUGAACGAAUGGAUUGCCCGUAUCAACUACGCCAGCGCAUUCAAGACGGCUGGCGUACGCAUGCGUCCGAUGGGCAUGUCUGGCAAGGACGUACAGCUGACUGGCGUUGCGGCGGCGACCUCGCACUUGCACGAUAUGCAGGCGGCGAGCAGGGUACAGGGCUCCCGCGUGCACAAGUUCACCGAGCCAAGCGCGAUGCCUGCCACGAAUGGGUCAGGGUCAAGGCCAGGAUCUAGGCGUCCUUCGGACGCUGGGAUUGUUGUCGAUCGUUCACAGAGCCAGUUGCGCGCCAAUGUGAGGCGGCAUAUGACGAUGUCAAGCGUUCGCAGCGACGAUGCACCUCAGGCGCCGGAGGUCGAGGGCGCCGACCAGUUCAAGGCGACAUUCGACCAGGUCAAGGCCGAUCUCGCCGCGGGUAUUUUCCAUAUUCCAGACGCAAAUGAUGUGAAGCAGCAGCGUGCGAGACUCAACUCGAUGCCGGCGUCGCCUGGGUCCCCUACAUUUGCGCAGAUGGAGAUGGCCCGUCUACCUGGUCGCUCGCAGGUCAUCCAGUCGAAGGUGCACGAGAUCAAGGAGAAGUUGUCGGCGACGACGACGCAACUCGAGGCUGACCUCCGCUUUGCGCGCAAUCUGGGCAUCAUGACCCCGUUCCAACGCUCGACGCGGGAAAGGCUGUUACAGGCCGCACAUGCGCUUGCCAAGCGAGUCGCGAUGUUGCGGCUGGAGGUGGCGAAGCUGGUGUGCCACCGCGAAGUGCUGGCGAACGACCUGAUCGCUGAGAGCCGGGACUGGUACAGAGCGAAGGCGCUGGCCCUGAAAGCGGCGACGGAGACGUUGCAGAGUCGCAGGCCGGAUACGUCGCACUCGACCCAACAGCAUCAUACCCCGACGCCAUUUGGUAUCUCGAACGAGAGUACGCAGAGCCUGCCGGUGGAGCCCACGUCGGCGUCGGUUUCGCCGCCCUCAGCGUCCCGCCCGCCAUCAUCUGCGCGCAGGCGACCGCCGUCCUCGAUCUGCGAGUCGUUCCAUUCAGCGUUGGACUACUCGAGCGACUGGCCGACGUCGCCGGUCGAGGAGCGGCCCAUGUCGUUGUUGUCGGCGUCACGUCCGUCGGUUUCUGCUCGCCACAGCAGCUCGAACUCGGUGCAGUCGUUCGACGGACCGCCGUCGUCUGUGGAGCCCACGUUCUCUGCUGGUCCCUCGUCCUCCGUGGAACCUUCGCCAGGCGCGCCGUCAUCCUUUGAGGGUGCGCCGUCGCCCUUUGAUGGCCGACCAUCUUCGUAUGUGGAUCGGCCAUCGCACUCGCCGGACGACAGUCAGGACUUUACGCACGAGAAGUUCUACACGGCGCAGGAGACGCCCAUUGACGAGGAGGCUGAAGAGUGGGACAAGACGCGGUGCGCGAAGCGAGUGUCGCUCGUGCGCCUGCCGUCGACGUUCAACCUGGGCUCGCGGUUUGAGCGGCUGCAGGAGGGCGAGGUGUUGGAGGAAGGCGAGUCAAUGCGCGAGGAGACGAGGGCGUCGCCUGGAUGAUGAGUUCGUCGCUUGGUUGAUGCGUACGCCGUUUGCGAGAUGAGCGGCUUAAGUAUAGUAUAGUUCGUUCCCGAGGGUGGAUUGUUGUCUAUUCAGAUUCUGGACGGACGUUGUUUAUAUCGUCUCGGUAUCUGCCUGCAGUCUUGACUUGCUUUCCUUUUAAUCGAGCACCCGUAGCUUUGCUAUCUGGCCUGUAUCAUUAUUUUAAGCUAUAUAAUGGAUUGUGAGGUGGGUUGCAGAGCUUC